GCACUACCUGUGCAGUCACUUUGCCACAGUGCUGACACAAGUGAGGCUCUGACUUCACAUCAUCUUCUCGGCGUUAGAGGGAAAAGAAGCAAACUGCCUCCAUGUCUUUUGACCAAGACACCUGCUACCUUUGUAAGGAAUAUCUCAGGGACCCUGUGUCCAUCCCAUGUGGCCACGCAUUCUGCUCCAUCUGCCUGAAGACAUACUGGGAUCAUGCUGAACACACUGGCUCGUUCAACUGCCCGGAGUGCAGGGUUUCCUACAGCAAGAGGCCAACUCCGAGGCGCGUCGGAGGCUCAAGGAACUCCACGCUCCAACGCAACUCUGAGUCCUUUCCGCCUCCACCUCCGUCCCCCGACUACAACGUCGCUGGACCCCAGGAUGUAGGUUGUGACAUCUGCGUUGGGAAGAAGCACAAAGCCAUCAAGUCCUGCCUGAUGUGUCUGGCGCACUACUGCGAGAAGCACCUGAAGCCCCACUACGAGUCGGCCACCUUUAAGAGGCACAAGCUGGUGGAUGAAAUCGGCCACCUGGACAGGCAGAUCUGCCCGCAGCAUCAGAAGGGUCUGGAGCUGUUCUGUCGCACCGACCAGAUGUGUAUCUGCGUGCUGUGCACGGUGAAAGAACACAAGGGCCACGACAUGGUGUCAGCUGAGCAGGAGAGAUCUGAGGAACAGCAACGGCUGGGUGCCACCCAGGCUGAGAUCCAGGAGAGGAUUCACGAUCGCCUGAAACAGAUGGAGGAACUAAAACACGCGGUGGACUCUCUCAAGAACUCAGCCCAGAGGGCGCUUCAGGAAUGUGAGAAGAUGUUUGGCGACAUGAUGCGCUCCAUUGAGAGGAUGCAGCAAGAGAUGGCAAAGCUGAUAUCCUCCAACAAGCGGGCGGCACUCAACAACGCAGAGAGCCAUCUGGAGCGUCUGAGUCAUGAGAUCGCUGACCUGAAGGCGAGAGACAACGAGAUCACCCAGCUGUCUCGCACCGAGGACCACAUCCACUUCAUCCAGAGUUACCACAUGCUGAUAGCACAAACAGAGGCCGAGGAGCUGCCGUCGGUGAGCGUCAACCCGUACUUCUCCUUCGGCCCGGUGACCAAAGCCGUCUCUGAGCUGAAACAGCAACUGAAUGAAUCCAGCAAUGACGAACUGGUUAAGGUAGCCAAGACAGUUAACAAAAUGACCUUCUGUGAGCUGGAGGAUUCCAAAAAGAAACAAUAUCAAUCAAUAAAAAGUGACGAAGCUCCCGUGUACAAGUCUGUGCCAGUCAAGGAGCCUCAGUACAGGGAGGACUUCCUGAGAUAUGCUUGCCAGCUCACUCUGGACCAAAACACAGCCUACAGACAGCUUUACUUGUCACGAGGGAACAGAAAAGCUGCCCUCAAGAGAGACCCCCAGUCCUACCCUGACAGCCCUGCCAGGUUCGACUCCCUGCCACAGGUCUUGUGUAAGGAGCCCCUCUCUGGAGGCACCUACUACUGGGAGGUAGACUGGAGUGGGGAGGGGGCUUCCAUCGGCAUCGCCUACAAAGGCAUCAAGAGAUCGGGCUACAGUGACAGCUGCCGCAUCGGCUACAACCGCAAGUCAUGGAGCCUUUUCUGCUCUGAUUCCAGUUACUCAGCCCGCCACAACAAGGACCAGCAAGAGGUCAGCGCGCCCUACUCCUCCCGCAUCGGCGUUUUCCUGGAUCACGCCGGGGGUACUCUCUCAUUCUACGCUGUUGGGGAAACCAUGUCUCUAAUCCACCGCUUUAAUGCCUCCUUUAGUGAACCUGUCUAUCCAGGCUUCUGGGUUUGGUAUGAGUCAGCCAUUACCAUUAUCCAGCUGUGAUUAAGUAACACAUCCAAAGAUCAGUGGGUGUGGAAUGAUGCAAAGUACUGCUGUUGUGAGAAAAUAUGCUUUUGUUUCCCCCUUUUUUUCUGAUAUUAGGUCGUUGUUUUGUUUGGUAUCCGAUAUGUGCUGAUGGGGGAAACGAUGCUUGAAGAGCAAAUAUUCAGCAAAUCAACAUGUGUUCAGUGUAAAAUCAGUUGCAGAAAGUCAAUGAGCAUUUACUAAUUCAGAAAUAAUAUAGUAUAUGCAUAUUUACACUAUAAUUCAAAAUAAUGAACCUUGUACAAUGUGAUGACCAUUUGUGAUAUUUUGCUUUUUUUAUCAAAUAAACUUUUGGUAACAAGCAUGA